AUUUUAUAAUGGGCACAGGAUAAAUACGAUUCUUUAUGAAUAAUUCCUUAAAUUUAACAAAGCUUAUUAAGCAUUUACCACUAUUGUAUCGUAAUCAAUAUACAUCUACCAGAUCUCAUCUUAAUAUUAAUAAUAACACAAAGUUAAUAUGCCAAGGUUUUACUGGAAAACAAGGCACGUUUCAUUCCAAACAAGCAUUAGAAUAUGGGACUAAAUUAGUUGGUGGGAUUUCUCCUGGUAAAGGUGGAACCACUCAUUUAAAUCUUCCUGUUUUUGAUACUGUUUAUGAGGCUAAAGAAAAAACUGGAGCUAAUGCCACUGUAAUAUAUGUCCCUCCAGCUGGAGCAGGGGAUGCUAUAAUAGAAGCUAUGGAUUCUGGCAUUGAACUUAUAGUUUGCAUCACUGAAGGUAUACCACAAAAGGAUAUGGCCUGGAUUAAGACUAAGUUAGGAAGACAAAGAACCACUGAGAAUUCAUCUAGAUUAGUUGGGCCCAACUGUCCGGGUAUUAUCAAGCCCGGAGCUUGCAAAAUAGGAAUAAUGCCUGGUCACAUACACAAACCUGGGGUUAUAGGUAUAGUGAGCCGUUCGGGCACACUCACAUACGAAGCCGUUUUACAAACUACCCAGGUUGGGUUAGGACAAUCGUUAUGUGUGGGAAUAGGCGGAGAUCCGUUCAAUGGGACAGAUUUCGUGGAUUGCUUGGAGAUAUUCUUCAAGGACCCCGAUACCAAAGGAAUUAUAAUGAUAGGAGAAAUAGGAGGAAACGCGGAAGAAAUAGCUGCUGAUUAUAUCAAAAAACACAAUACGGGUGCACAUCGCAAGCCAGUUGUUUCUUUCAUAGCGGGUCUGACAGCCCCGCCUGGACGUAGAAUGGGGCACGCUGGAGCUAUAACCUCGGGUAAAAGUGGCGGUGCCAGCUCAAAAAUAGAAGCUUUAAGAGCUGCUGGGGUUCACGUUACACCUAACCCGUCGUUCCUUGGAACAGCUAUGAAUAGUGAAAUGCAAAAAUUUUACGGUGACAAAUCAAAAUAAAACACCCAGUAUUUGGAUAUUCCAGGAAUCGGUAUCUGGAUAGCUGAUAAAUAUUAUUUUCAGGAAUUCAAUAUUUCAUUUAUUUUUUUAGAAAUAAUCUCAGACUUAUAAUUCUACUUGGCAGCAAAAUAUUUAUUGUUCACUAGAAUCUAUAAUUUAAAAAAAUGGAUAUAUAUUUUUUUAAGCUUUUUAUUUAUAUGUUUGGAUUGAAGAUUUUUUCUUACUCUUGAGCAUAAUAUACGACAAACUUAAUAUAUUUGUUUUACAUACUCAUUUGCAUGGAUACAUAAACAAUACGAAAUUAUUGUAAUUUUUAAAAAAGUGUUUUGUACAAAAAAAUUGAUCAUGUGAUCUAGUCAGAUACUUUACAAUAAAUAGUAAUCGCAUUUUGUUCUUACUUCAUCUUUUAUUUUAAAGACUUUAUACAGAUAUUUCAAUUCCCAGCCAUUAUUUUAUGUUUUUAAAACCAAAAAUCAUUAUUUAUUUUCCAUUUUUUUUAUCGCCUGAAGAUACCACAUUCUAUUAUAUCUUAUGUAUGUUGAGUAAAAUUCUGGAAAAAUGGAGGAGGGGGGGGGGGCAUUUUACGAUUAUUCUUCAAGAACCAAUAUUAUUAUGAGAUGUUGAGAACAUCCCCUCCCUCAUUUAAAAAAGUUGAUGGGUCUAUCUCCAGAAAAUCCAAUAGUUAAUUAUAUUUUUAUUUGUAAAUCUUAAAUUGAAUAC